UUGUGUUUUGUGAGUGCAUCCACCCGUGUCCAGUGCGUGACCAAUGUUUCCAUGCAAGGUGCGGGGGCGGCGGGACCGGUCGACGGUCGCGCACCCGACCCGCCGACCUUACGUACCGUUCACUGCACGCAACACGGCGCUCCUACCAUCAAGUACAUCCCAGGAUCAGAAAUGCAAAAGAUAAAUACAACACCUGUGCUUUAAUACCGCAAGAACUUACUGUGACACGGACUCUUAUAUUGAUGCAUCUUUAUUGCAAUUUCGGACAUUGCCUACGGGGAUACGUAUACUAUGUUGGCAUGUACCAGUGGAAAGGCCAGUCAUCGGAGAAAGCAGCAGUGGAAGUAGCAUGGCGGAGACGGCGUCUCUGACUUGCAGUCCGAAAUACUUGCACAAAAAGCGCCGACUCUCGCGCCUGCUCGACAAGCUGGCGGUGCAGUUACAGAACAACAAUCAUUACCCGCUACCCCCUUGGCUUAUGCUCGACCCCCCUUACUACGAGACCAAGACGCAGGAAGACGCCCCGCUUGAUCUUUCCGUGAAAUCGGAACAACCAAAAGUGGAAAAAGAGCCAGAUGGAUACAGUUGCGCUACUUGCGGCCAGACUUUCGCCCUUCAUGAUAGACUCGCCAAGCACAUUGCGUCCCGGCACGCAGACAAAACUCCGGAAUCAGCGCGUGCUUAUGAGUGCGAGAUCUGCCGGCGGCGAUUCGCCCGCUCCGACAUGCUGACGCGGCACGCCCGCCUGCACACCGGCAUCAAGCCGUACUCGUGCUCUGCAUGCGGGCAGGUGUUCUCACGCUCUGACCACCUGGCGACGCACCAGCGCACGCACACCGGCGAGAAGCCGUACCGUUGCCCCGUCUGCCCGUACGCCGCUUGCCGACGCGACAUGAUCACACGCCACAUGCGGACGCACUCGCGCCCGCACUGCCGCUCUCAACCACGCCCGCAGCCCGCUGAAAUCUAAAUGCGCUCUGAACACCCUGCCACGGGCAACAUUCAACUAUAGAGUGUUCGAUGUCUACAACGUUAGUUAAACAAAGUAGAUGUAAGUUAAGUUGACAAAAUUCAGUUUCAUAAUUUAUAAUAGGUAUUUCUCUCCAUUACGAAAGGCUCAUGCCUUUUUAUUUUAUGAUUAAUUUACCUUUACCUCGAAUGUUUUUCUAUGUGUACUUAGAAUUUGGAAGUCUAUUUAUUUUUGUAAUGAUCUGGGCUUCACUGAGUAUUAAUGUAAAGUUGAUUUAUUCAUUUCAAAGUUAUUACGAGUACGCUUUAAUUGGGUUUGUGUUUUUACAAUUGUAGGACGACGGAUCACGGAGUGGACACGGCUUAUAUACCAUGGGUGAGAAUGACAUAUCACAUUGCAACAUGCAGAGCUUUAUGAAAUAAACAAAAGUAAACUUUAAUUACUUUUAAUUUUUGCCUUUACGCGAAUUUCGACUUGUCUACACAUUAUUUUGCCUGCUGUGCGCAAUGCGAUGUGUCUAUAAAUAUUUGUUAAAUAAAUAGCAUUUUUAGAUUUAAAUGUUACAUAUUAAUAUUACUAUGAAAUGUUAAUUUUUACGGCUAUGCGUUUAACUUAAUGUUUGCUUUAUGUACUUAAGUAUAUGACUGUUACUAGUGUUUGCACUAUGUUAACGUGUUAGGUGUAAACAAUUAGGUAUUUCUAAUUUAUACGUCACCGACAAAUCGUGUAAUCCGCCCAUUUGUAAUUUUCCCCGGCAAACAUAUAUAUUAUAUUUCAACAAUUUAUAAAGGACUUCAUUACAGCAAAUAAAUAAUUACCCGAGUAUAUACUUGCAGGCACUGACGACAGUGCAACUACCGAUGUAAUGUGACCUAUAUCGCAGAAAUAUAACACGUCUCUUUGUGAAUGAUUUAGUUUGAAAUUCAAUAUGCCGAGUUUUUGAGAAUUGCCGGGGUUAAUCACAAAACAACGGUGUACACAAUUCGUUACAGAGUUGUGUUAUUUUUGUAAAUAUGCUAUAAAAAUAAUUAAUUAUGAAUUGUAUGUAGUCUUUUCAAUGCAUAAUAAAACCGCCAUCUUCUGUAUGUACUACGGUCUAGUUUAUAAAAAGCGAUAUAUGAGGCGAUCAAUGAUUUGUGUGGCACACGGCAUUUGGAAUGUCACCUUUUACAUACAAAUAUCUUUUUAACAAUAAUGACAAAUACAUUGUACUAAGAGAAAAAUAGUUGUAGUUUUAUGUAAGAAAGUUUUGAUAAACUGUUAAAUGUCACAUUUUAACACGUUGAGCGCCACGUCAGCCAUCGGUGGCUGACACUAGACUUUCCGUUUAGGCCGCGACAGCCAUCGGUGGCUGACACUAGAUUUUCUGUUUAGGAUGUUUGACGUUCAGUAACAUUUGAACUGUAAUGAACUGAUUUGACGCAAAAAGAAUAACGGCCACGAAUCCAUUUCGAAGAAAUUUUAUCUGAGCGGGGUAAGUGGUAAGAAAUCAAAAGAUCAGACUUGGCGCGUAACGUGUUGAAACAGAGCCUAUAGGUAUGAAGUUAAAAAUGUAAACUAUUUAGUACUGCGGUCGGAAACACCGGCCCUUUAAUACCAGUGCGUAUAAGCGGCGCUCGUGGCCUGAACAAGAUUGUCUUAGAAAUAUGCGUGGCGUUUAACGUGUUAAUGUACAUAAAUGUUGUCAUCAGUGUUAUUUUUGGACACUUGUUUUUGUCCUACUGAUUUAAAGGUUGUUUUUAUGGAUGAUAGUGUGGGGUUUAUGUACAUAUAUUUUUAUUGUGGAGGAAGUAAAUUUCCUACCUUUUAAAGUUAGUAGAUUGAAAACUUGUUUAAUUAUAGAAACAUUCUAAAUUAUUAGUCGUAGCGACAGCGACCUUAAUUAUUUGUUAAUUAUAUUAUUAAUUUAUUUAUUAAUUAUUUUGUAUGAUUUAAACGUCGAUAGCACUACAUUUGGUUAUUGUGAGAAAGCGUAGUUAUUUCUGCAAGUGAAAUAGCGCCAACGAAAGCCAGAACCCGUAUACUAAGUGACGUUCGAUUAGAGAUUUUAGUGACAAUCAGUAAAAUUGACAAAAUGUAUGUAAUUAUAAAAUACAUACGCUAUAACAACGUGUGUUAUUAAAGUAUUUGUCAGUUCGCUACAUUUUACGUAGUCACUAAUCGUAUGUUACUUUGCCUAGGAGGCGUAAUGACUUGUAGCCUAGGCGGCUUAAAUGUUUGAAAAGCCUGCAUUCGGGGUUGGUCCAUUAAUCAUGCAAAUCCAUGAAGAUCGAAAGUAGGAGGGUAGGGUUUCCGAAAAAAAAAAUCACGAAACAUCACGAGGAGGGAGUGGAGGUAAAAUAAAUAAAAUUAAUAAUUAAAAAAAAUAUAUUAAUUUAUACUAAAGAAUACGCGUAUUCUUAGGUAUCGUUGGUAAUCUAAAACCUCGACA